AUGAACAACUCUUUUGUGAUUGACCAAAUGAAGCGGACUUUGGUGGCACCCCUCGCAUCUGCCAGAGUGGCCAAGUUUCCAGCAAUCACGUCAACCCCGCACCUACACACGCUCAUGCUCUCUCUCUCUCUCUCUCUUUCGUCCGACCGGUGCAUGUCUGCUCAGUGCGCCAACCUCAUGCUGAUAGAAUGCAUCCCCAAGGCCCCACUUGCCUUCCACAUUCUGCCCUUCGACAACCCGAAGGCCCAGCGCACUCUGAAGGCGCCCAGCCUGGCCGUCAAGUUGAUCUGGUGCCGCGAGAUCAAGCGCCUGAUCCUGGACAACUACGACGCUCUAAUUCCGGAAAAGGCCAAACAGAUCGUGCUCAACAUGACGCCUGACAAGGUGCCCGGUCUCGGUCUCGGUCUCGUCCGCGAAAUCGUGGCCGAAGUCGGCUUGCCCACUCUCGCGACUGGCGGAAGUGUCGACUGUGCCGGUAGCCGCAAUCCCAACCACUGCAUUGCCAAGUGCAACGGCGUGGUCGGAGCAUCCGGUACGUCGACUGGACGGUCUCCGGUCGUUGCAGCAGACCUGCCCGCAUCGGAGGCGACUGUCGGUUUGGUUAACGGACAAAAAUCGGGCAGACGCAAAAGUACCAGUCUCCUUCCAGGUGCGUCUUCACGCCGGUCGUCUGCUUAA